AUGUUUAAGUGGGUUACGCCGGCCACAGCGGCGACAUUGUCCCGCACAACAACAGCAACAGCAACGUUGACGGCGACGGCGACAACCAGAACAGCGUCAGCCACAACCACAACCACAAGAACAACAAAACCACAACUACUUUCCAUCGCUUUAACAAGUUUAAUAAUAAUAGUCGCAUCAUUUGUGCCGACAACAAGUGGAUUUAGAUCAAUUGAAACGAAUGGCGCUGGACGCAAGCUGUUUGGUGGCUACCGCAUCACCCCCAAGCACUGCCGUGCCACAAAGACGCUGCCCAGCUCCGAUCCUCGAGCGAAUGGCCCCACCAUCUGCAUGUUCAAUCACGAGUGCGCGCAGCGCGGCGGCGAGGUGGUGGGUGCCUGCAUGGAUGGCUUCCUGUUUGGGGCCUGCUGCCAGAUACCGCCCACACACGAGCUGGCCAGCACGCUGAUCAAUGAGGCACAAAACGCCUACUUCCAGCAGCACCAACACCAGCAGCAGCAGCAGCACCAGCACCAGAAGUUGCAGCAGGCGGCAGAAUCCUCCUAUGAGCAGCACCAGCAGACGCUGAACAGCGCCGAGCAGACGGCGUCGCAGCCAUCUCAGCAUAUCUACGAUGAGCAGAACCUAAACAAGGUCUAUCAGCAGUUGGGCAGCAGCAGCAGCACCACCAGCACCACCAGUACCAGCACCAGCCCGAGCAGCCUCCCCAGCAACAACUACAGCGUGGAGCAGGAGCCAGAGUCCGUGCCAGAGCCAGAGCAUCCCAAGAACGAGCUUGUCUAUGGCAGCAGCACGUCCACAGAGGUAUCCACACAGUCGCAGUCAUCGUCCUCCAGCAUAGAGUUCGAGCAGGAGCCACCUGUUCAGCAGUCGAUAGCCAACGAGGAGGUGAUCAUCUCCAACGAUCUCAAUGUCCAGAAGGUGCAGCAGCAGCAGCAGCAACAGCAGCAGCCACCCGUUCUGCCGCCCACUGUCCAUGUGCACAAGCACUCGGUGACCAUUAACUCGCCCUCGUCGCCGCCCCAAAACGAUGACUUUGUGAUGCAGGUACUCAGCACGUUGCCCCCAGAGCAUGCCGACGAUCACCGCAUCUUCUUCACGACGGAGGUGCCCAUGAAGAUUGUCAGCGGCCUGCAGGAGCAGACCAGCUCCGAGUCCAACUCAUUUGAGGAGACACCAGCAACGCCGCCAGCCACAAGGAAACCCACAGAGAAGCCAAAGCAGAAGCCCAAGCCGAAACCUGUGCCUCAGUUGGCGGAGACCAUGAAGCGACCCAUUCAGCAGCAACAGCAACAGACAGCGAAUCCUCAAUCGAAGCCAAAGCCGAAACCUGCGAAUGUGCAUCACCACAAUCAUUUGAUCCUGGACGGCGGAGAGUUCACACACAGCGACAUCACCCAUCCGGGAGCCGAUGCCGAUCUCGUCGAGGAUCUGCAGUUCUCCACCGGCUACGGACCACAGCCUGUAUACGCAGACCCGCCACAGCAGGUGCAGCAACAGCAACAGCAGCAGCAGCAGCCGGCAGAGCAGAGUUACAUCUCCAAGCGGCCAGCAGCAGCGGGUCAGGGUCAGGGCCAGGGCCAGGGCACCACCGUUUCCUCGAUCACCACACACGUGGACUCCAUCGAGUCGAUCAUCCUGCAGCUGAACAACACCAGCCAUGGACCCAGCUACAAUGUGGUCAGCCAGCAGACGCCCUCGUACGGCUAUGCCGAGCAGACUGCGGCUGCGGCUGCCCAAAGCGAAGCUUCAGCCGAGGCAAUCACUGCCCAGCCGCCGCCCCCUCAGUACUAUCAGGAGAGCGAUGCGGAGAAGGGCCAGGACUACGGCUACACGAGCACAGCCAACUACGAUGCCACCUACGACAAGGUGUCCGACGAGCAGGAUGCCUCCGCCGCUGCCAGCCAGUCUGCCGAGUCGCCCACAGCGCGUCCCGUCUCCGGAGAGGACACCUCCGCGGUGUUUGAGGACCACACCAUGCCCGCCAAUGGCUACCACGAUGCAAUGGCCGAUGCUGCGCCCCACACCUCGGAGUUCAACAAGAUGCCCGUGCCGGUCGUGGGCAUUGCCUAUCCCUUGGACAUGUCCUACUUGGAGGAGGAGGAGAACGAUGCGGCGGCAGGCUACGGCCAGCUGAGCAGCGGCUCCUACGAGGCCAACACCGAGUCCAACUACCAGAAGCUCUCCACUGUCGAGACGGAGCAGCCACAGCAGCAGCAGCAGCCGCAGCAGCAGCCGCUGCCCGUUCCCACCUACGUGCGCCCCACGACAAACGCCAACAAGCCGAACCGUCCCGUUGCCUCGUACAUCGGCAUGGUGACCAUGCAGCACUACAACCAGCAGCAGCAGCCAUCGAUCGGUGACCAAUACCAAUCCCAAUCCCAGUCGCAGUCCCAAUCCCAAUCCCAGCUGCCCGCCGAGGUGUCUGUGUCCUCGCACACCACCAAGGUGCAGGAGCAGUACGACGAGAGCUCGCAGACGACCACUCCUGGAGCACAGCAGCGACCUCAGUACGAUAGUGUGCUGGAGGAUGCAUCCUCGGAGCGACCCGUGCUGAUCACGGCCAGUCCCAGACCCCGCCCCAAGCCAAGCACAAAGCGGCCCAUCGUGAAGCGACCCAUCAGCCAGGAGAACACCAAAAAGAAGCCUCAUCCCCAGGCUAGCAGCAGCAGCAGCAGCUACGAUGCCGGUGAGUCGCCCAUCACGCACAUUCAGAUCAAGAAGCCCUCGCCCAGCUACAACCAGGAGCAGGAGACGGAACAGUCCGGCCAGUCCAGGCCAGCAGUGGGAGGCAGCACCGCCGCGGCGGCAGUGACCAGCUACGAUCAGCAGCCAACGCGUCCGGCCAACAACUAUGAUCAGCCAGAUCCACCCUCGGCUCCAGCCUCCAGCUCCAGCUACGAUCAGCCCGAGGCACCCACCUCCAGCUACGGCCAAGGCCGACCAGAGGCUCCACUCGCACAAUUUGAUCAGCCGGCACCGCAGCCACAGCCGCAGCCGCAGCCAUCCCUGAACUACAAUGAGCAGUCGGUGGCCAGCUCGCCGGGUCGCCAGCCAUCCACAUCGAGGCCCAGUGCCACCAGCUAUGUGACCGGACCCAGCACACCCCGUCCGCCGGCCACCGUCGACUACCAUUACGACAAUGUGCCGCCGCUGUUCAUGGCCGACGACAAGCUGGACGCCUUCAUCCAGAGCACGGCGGAGAACAUUGUGGGCUCCACGCCGGGCAACUAUCAGCCCCCACUGGUGGCCACUGCAUCGACGCCUGCCUACGCACAGCGACCCACCAGCAGCGGCAGUGGCGGCCCCCACGGAGGCCACAAGAAGCCCACCUUCGUGCAGAUCAAUGGCACACCGAGACCGCCACGGCCAACGGUGCUGAUCACGCCCAAGCCGACGGCCAUCAACAGUUUGCCAUCCACCACGGGAUCGUUUGUGUACAAUCAGCUGGUGACGCGACGACCAGGCGGUGCACCGGUCAGCUCCAACGACUUUGAGGAUCCCGGCUACUUUGGAGGCAGUCCCGCGCACGUGUCCUUCACGCAGUCCACCACGGACUCGGCCUAUCCGGCGCCGUCCGACGAUAAGCCCGCCUUUCCCGGUUACUUUGGGCCAACGCCCUCGUAUCCGGCCUUCUCGGUGCCCGGCGAGAAGGUGGGCCAGAAUGUGAUGGAGGAGACGUACACGUCGCCGAAUGACUUUGUCAACUUCCCGCCGGUGCGCAAUCCGAAUCUGAACAUGUCCGCCGCCUCCAGUGCGGUGACCAGCGACGUGGAUCUCUCCACGCCCGCCUUCGUCGAGGAUGUGGUGCUGAAGGACAAGAUGCACACGCUGGUCCACAAGCUGGUGGCCUCGCUGCAGGGCAACUUUGAGGCUCUGGCCGACAUGAUCGAUGAGCCGACGGGCAACAAUUCGGCAGCCACCUAUCAGGCGGGAGCUGGAGCUGGAGCUGGCGGAGCAACCACUGCCACGCGCAAGCCCACGCGUAAGCCCGUGCGAGUGGCCUCCACGGCGAAGCCGAAGGCCACCACCAAGAAGCCCGUGACACGCGUCUCCACCAAGGCGCCCAACAAGAAGGCCUCGGCCAGCAGCACCACCCGCAGGCCCGGCACACGGCGCACCACUCUGGCACCCAAGACCACCGUUAGCACCAGAAAGCCGACCGCAGCCACCAAGAAGCCCACACGACGCGUCAGCAGCACCGUGAAGACGACGACGGAGAGCUCCGCUCGGCCCGUCGACGAUGAGAUUGUGGACGAGGAGGAUGAGGAGGAUGUCAAUCCGAAUCCCAGCGACAACGAAAUCGAUCAGGGAUCGACGCUCAGCAGCUACGGCGGAACGAAUGGCCGCAAGAUCCAAUGCGGCGUCCGACCACACGUCAAGUCCGGCCGCAUUGUGGGCGGCAAGGGCUCCUCCUUUGGCGCCUUCCCCUGGCAGGUGCUGGUUCGCGAAUCCACCUGGCUGGGCCUGUUCACAAAGAACAAGUGCGGCGGUGUCCUGAUCAACAGUCGCUAUGUCGUCACCGCUGCCCACUGUCAGCCUGGCUUUCUGGCCUCGCUGGUUGCCGUCAUGGGUGAGUUCGAUAUCUCUGGCGAUUUGGAGAGCAAACGUUCCAUUACCAAGAACGUGAAGCGCGUCAUUGUCCAUCGCCAAUACGAUCCGGCCACGUUCGAGAACGAUUUGGCUCUCCUGGAGCUGGACAGUGCCGUGCAGUUCGACACCCACAUAGUGCCCAUUUGCAUGCCAAAUGAUGCGGCGGACUUUACUGGUCGCAUGGCCACCGUGACCGGCUGGGGGCGUCUCAAGUAUGGCGGCGGUGUGCCCUCCGUUCUGCAGGAAGUGCAGGUGCCGGUUAUCGAGAACAGCGUCUGCCAGGAGAUGUUCCACACCGCUGGCCACAACAAGAAGAUUCUCAACUCGUUCCUGUGCGCUGGCUAUGCCAAUGGCCAGAAGGACUCGUGCGAGGGUGACAGUGGCGGUCCGUUGGUGUUGCAGCGUCCCGACGGGCGCUAUGAGCUGGCUGGAACCGUUUCGCAUGGCAUCAAGUGUGCGGCGCCAUAUCUGCCCGGUGUGUACAUGCGUACGACCUUCUACAAGCCCUGGUUGCGCAGCAUAACAGGAGUCAAAUAAGGAGCUGCCAGGGGAGCAGCAGCAGCAGCAGCAGCAGCAGCAACAUUAGGGGGCAGCGGCAGCAUCAGCAAGUGUAAAUAGAAAGUAGAGUUUAAAGAGUUGUGGACAAAAACAAAGCAAACAAAAAACAAAACAAAAGGCGUGACCCAGACUGUUAAGCAUCCACGUCGCAUUCACCAUUCUCUCCUCCUCCUCCUUCUCCGUGUCCGUGUCCGUGUCCCUCCACCAAGCAUCUAUCCUCAUUCCAUUAGUUUUAAAGUUUAACCGCGAAACGAAAGCGAAAUACUCGAGAGUGAGAUGCAAAGAUUCAGACGAGCUUUGACUUUGACGAGCGUGUUGCAGGCUCUCUCUGUGCCCCUAACACUUGUAGAGUCUGAAUGAGAAAAUUACUCGUAUAUGUAUUUUAGUAAGCAAAUAUUUAUUCUAGUUCUAAGCCUAUUUAUUUAUUUAUUUAUUUGUAAACCAAUUUGUAAAUCGCAUUAUCGACUUCAGUUUUGAUUCAACUAAAAAUAAAUUGUUAAUUUUCAUAGGCAAAUUGUUGUUAUGUUCAAGUGAAAGAAACGAGCGAACAGAGAGAGAGAGAUAGAGAGAGGGCAAAUGUUUUUAGUUCAAUUGAAUUUACUAAUUUAUCUAAUUAUACGACUAAUUUUUUUAUCUCUUUACGUUUUAUGUUAAUUGUUAAGCGAACGAACAAAGCGAUGCGAAAAGAAA